GUUCCCGCUGCUCUGAAGUUGUGCUGGAAGUUUAGCUCUCAGGUCUGUCUCAUGAACUCGGUCCAUUUGUGGAGUCUGAGAGAGAGAUGAGCGGACAGACGGUCCCCGCGGACUUCUCCGGACACAUGUUGGACCUGGACGAGGAUGAAGACCUGGAGGUUUUCAGUAAGAACACAUCGCUGGCCGACGGCAGCCCCAUGCCCAACUCCCCCAGCUCCAUGGUCAACCAGUACAGACUGGAGGAGGAUGAGGAGGAGCAGCAGGACGCCAACGCCAAAGACAUCUUCGUCACCGUUGACAACCCAGAGAGCCACGUCACUGCCAUCGAGACCUUCAUCAUGUACAGGGUCCUGACCAAGACCACGAGGAGUGAGUUCGACUCCAGUGAGUACGAGGUACGCCGGCGCUACCAGGACUUCCUGUGGCUCCGGAGCCGACUGGAGGAAAACCACCCGACGCUCAUCGUCCACCCGCUGCCGGAGAAAUUCGUGAUGAAGGGCAUGGUGGAGCGCUUCAACGACGACUUCAUUGAGACCAGGAGGAGAGCUCUGCACCGCUUCCUCAACAAGAUCUCCGAGCAUCCCAUCCUGUCCUGCAGCCAGCACUUCAGAGUCUUCCUGACUGCACAGGAGCUGACGUCCCACAAGAAGCAGGGUCCAGGUUUCCUGAGCAGGAUGGGAGAGACGGUGAGGGCCGUGGCCAACUCGGUACGAGGCCUGAGGAGCCGACCGGAGGAGUUCACCACGAUGCAGGAGUACGUGGAGGACUUCAGCAACAAGGUCUGCUCCGUGGACAAAGUCACCCAGAGGAUCAUCAAGGAGCAGAGAGAGUACCUGGACGAGAUGAGGCAGUACGGCCCCACCUACACCCAGUGGGCGGGGUCAGAGGAGGAGCUGGCGGAGCCGCUGAAGGGCGUGGCCGGCUGCGUGGAGCGGUGCAGUAAGGAAACAGAGGAGCAGAUCCACCAUCUGUCUGAGGUCCUGGUCCCUGCCCUGCACGAGUACGUCCUCUGUGCCGAGACACUGAAGGCUGUGAUGAGACGCAGAGACAACAUCCAAGCCGAGUUCGAAGCCAAGAACGAGGCGCUGGCUUCCAGAAAAGUCGACCAAGAAGCACUGCAGGAGGAGGUGGACGCUCUGGCAGACCGGGUGGAGCUGGCGAACAACGCCCUGAAGGGAGACUGGUCCCGCUGGCAGAGCAGCAUGAGGACUGACCUCAGAUCAGCCUUUAUCUCUACUGCGGAGAAGAACGUGGAGUACUACGAGAAGUGCCUGGCGGUGUGGGAGUCCUUCCUCCUGUCUCAGAGGGCGGAGCCCAGUGAGCAGAGAGAUGGAGAAGAGGUCUGUUAAAGAGUGGAGGUCACACCGUCCGCCGUGUGUCCACCUCCACCUCCAAAUACAGACUCAUACAAAACAUGCAUCAUGUACGAAACAAGCUCUCUCUCUCUCUCUCUCUGUCUCUCUCUCUCUCUCUCUCUCUCUCUCUUCCUGGCCAAAGAGGUUAAUUCCAGUGAUGGUUGGACAUCACACAAGCCGACACUGUGAUCCAAAUGACCAAACAUACGAGUGUUUACACAACCUCCAUGUUCACGGCCAAAAGUUCCCGUUAGACUCCUCCUCCUGCUGCUCCUCCUGCUGCUCCUCUGAAACACUUCCUCUGCUGUGGAUGGAGAACAGGAUGGUGGCACCAUCACUAAUGAUAGUCAGGUGACACGGAGCCGGUUCCAUCAGGGAGGAGUCUAACAGCUCCAGAGGAAAGUGACGUGUCUGGAUGUGAAACCACAGACUGAGCAGUAGGAGAUAAAGGUUUGAAGUGACAACAGAUCUGAGGUCAGCUGUUGGUGUGAAUCUUUUUCUAGACCUUUUUAAAAAGUUGACAUCUCUAACGUUCUCUCUCUAAACGCCUUUAAUUAGGACCAGCUAUUGAAACCAAUGAGGAGGAGCCAUGUGACUGAGUGUAGUACAGCUUUGUAGACAUGACCACUACUUCUAACCAAACUACUUCCAUGGAGCUGAGUCAGGUGACGUUCAAAGCCUUAUGCAGUAUGAGACUGAUGAGUGGAUGUUUGGUUGUUUGUGCCGAUAGAGAUUUCCUGUUUACAUGUGACGACGACUCGGUGUCGCUGCGUUCGUCGGUUUUAUACUGAUCGUGUUUCUGACCUUUUCUCUCUCGCUCUCUUUUUGCUUUUAUCAUUAUUGAAUAUGUAAAAAAGAAAAAGUCUGAAUAAAAUUGUUUUGGAGAUGUUGCCAUAAUGAUGAUGAUGAUGAUGAUAAUAAUAAAGACAGAUCUCACCCUGUAAAA